AUUGCGGCAAGGGUUUCACGUUGAGGAUAAAACUCUCGAAACAUCGGAAGUUGGAAUGUGUAAACGUAUAAGGUAACAGCGAUGUGGUCUUACAAGAGGGUGGACGGAUACGACGUCGGUGAUGUGCAUCAUCAACAACGAGGAAGUGCCAUCUACGAAACGCGCGAGAGGACUUACGUGUGCGCAGAUUGUGGCAAGAGUUACGCGGUGAAAAGGUCCCUCUGGAGGCAUCGGAAGUUCGAGUGCGUGAAUGCGAAACCGAAAUUCAGCUGUGACAUAUGCUCAUACAAGAGUCCUCACAAAUGGUGCAUCGACAAACACAGAAAGAAGCAUCACGACAUUUUCUACAAUCGCUUCCCUAAUUAAAGCUCCUAGCACUAUCGAAUCGAUUUGGAACGUUGCUCUUGUGAUGAAACGAUUUCUUCUGAAACGAUCGUUUGUGAUGAAACGAUUUUUUCAUAACAUUAUGUUUUACUAAUCUUCCAAUUAUCUAAAUGCAGCUAUAGUUUUCCAAAUUUUACGAACGAUUGAUUGUACCGAUAAAAAAAUUCGAUUGGUAGAAGAAUUUAUA